AUGCCAGCCGACUAUGUUGCCGAGUUCAGGCCAUUGAACCCGUUCCCGGCUAAUAUUGUGGCCAAGGCCCGGUGGGAGCUAGACAACUUUGCCCGCCUUUUACAGAGUCACAGUGUACGUGUCUAUCGACCGAAAGAAAUAAACUGGUCCGACAUAGGUGGCUAUACGGGUGCUAUGCCCCGGGACGGGCUCAUGACAGUUGGCAAUACGUUGAUCGAAGCGCAUUUUGCCUGGCGCUGUCGCCGAGACGAGAUCAAGUUAGGAUACUCGGAUAUCCUAAACCAAUUAAGAAAUGGCAACGGCAUAGGGAGGAUCUAUCGAGCACCCGUCAUCAAGGGCCACGAUUCUAUUUAUGAUGGCGUAUGCGACGUGAGUAACGGCGGUUCUAAACACAACAAUAACAGCAACGGCAACGAGGAUGAUACGAAGUGGGCCAUCAACAACAGCAGGCCGGCCUUUGACACGGCUGACUUCCUCCGUUUCGGAAAGACGAUUAUUGGACAGCUCAGCCACGUAACCAACUUGAAGGGCGUGCAGUAUCUAAGAGCCAUUGUGCCCGAGGGCUAUUCUGUCGAAAUUCUCCGCACAAUUGACAAACAUGCCAUGCAUAUUGACGCAACUAUAUUACCGCUUCGGGAGGGUGUUUUGGUGUACAACCCUGAGCGCGUCACCGAGGAGGAACUUCGGCGGCAUGCCAUCUUCGCCUGUGACACCUGGGAACUACACCCUUACCCUUACGCACCACAACGCCGGGAGAGCCACCGCCCACCCAUGUAUAUGUGCUCGCCUUGGCUGGUACUCAAUGCAUUUAGCCUCGACGAGCGGCGUAUCUUUGUGGAGGAAAACGACAUACAGUUUGCCCACUGGGUUAAGUGCAAGUUUAACAUGGAGCCGAUCCUAUGCCCCUUUCAGCAUGUCAACAGUCUCGGCGGUUCGUUUCACUGUGCCACAGUUGAUCUCGUCCGCGACAUGUAA